CUUCCUUCUAAACCCCUACGAUCUCUCUUUCCUAUUUUCUUCAUUCUCUUGCUUUGAAGCCUAGAUUGUGUUCUUUAAUUCGUUCUUUCCUUGCACUGUCGCAGGGAAUCGAUAUCGCCCCGGAAUUUCGUCAGGGUAACCACAAAUUCAAACAGCGGCUGAGGAUGGAUUUUCACGCAUAUUUGAGUGGCGUAUGGAUGUCGCAGGAGAUGUCGAAAGGCGAUCGGGAGGGCGCUUAUAUUAACGGGUUCCGCGAGUUGAUCAUGAGUUCCGGGAACCGGUUUAGCCAGAUGGAACUUUCAAACUCGCCAUACACAGUUCGGACUAAACUUCCACAUAGCGGCCAUGAUCGAUUGAUCCUUCAAUCUGUUGCCCACAUCUAUCCCCAGUACUAUCAGGGUUCAGGAAUUUUGGCGUUCCAGUCUACCUGACCAUACGUCGGCGGGCACGGAAACUGUAUAGAAACGUGUGUUGUUCUCGCUUCGUAUUGGCAGUUAAACACACUGGUCCGAAGAAAAUUGUGAAUGAUAGAAGCUUUGCAAUUCAUAGGGUGGCUCCAGCGCGUCCGAACACCAAACUCUGUUGCUCUUGGUCGGUUAAGGUCGUGGCAGUUGGAACUCUCGAUAACACAAGCGAAAUCCGGAACUAAAACCCACAACACAUUUCCCCUUAUAAGCUGCGAGAUGGAUUCCCAGAAUACUUGGAGUUCCCUUCCUAGCUUUUGGCCAUGCAUCUCGGGUUGUGGGCUGUCGCCUUACAGGCAUCCAUCGUCCUCGCGGCUUCUCUUGCAGGGCCAACAGUCAAGCUAGACUCCGCUACAGUCACUGGCACAUCAUCCGGAAGCGUCUCGAGAUUCCUAGGGAUUCCUUUCGCCAAACCACCAACCGGGGACGGGCGAUUCCGUCUUCCUGAAUCAAUCGACCCAUAUUCGACUUCCUUCAGUGCGACGUCUAUGGGUCCAGCCUGUCCUCAGCAAUCAGUGAAACUCCCUGAUCUCACUGGACUUCCUGCCGACGCGGCUGACUUCGUUACGAACUCGAUAUAUGGGGCUACUUUCCCAGAUGAUGAAGAUUGUCUGACUAUCAACAUCAUCAAACCUGCCAAUGCAACUCCCACCUCAGCACUUCCCGUUGUUGCGUGGAUAUUUGGUGGUGGAUUUGAGGUGGGAUCUCCUCAGAUGUAUGACGGCGCGGUCAUUGUGGAGCGUUCAAUUACACUCGGUCAACCGGUCAUUUAUGUUUCAAUGAAUUACCGGCUUGCUGCUUUCGGUUUCUUGGCUGGUAAAGAGGUGAAGGCAGCAGGAGUCGGUAAUUUAGGGCUCCACGAUCAACGUCAGGCACUCAGAUGGGUAAAAAAGUACAUUAGCGCUUUCGGUGGUGAUCCCACGAAAGUUACCAUCUGGGGUGAAUCUGCGGGAGCCAUCUCCGCCUCUCUUCAUAUGCUGGCUGAUGGAGGAGAUACCAAGGGACUCUUCCGCGCUGCCUUUAUGCAAUCGGGUUCUCCCAUUCCAGUUGGAGAUAUUACAAACGGCCAAAAGUACUACGAUGUGAUUGUUCAGACAACCGGAUGCGGGAAGUCAAAAGACACACUCGCCUGCUUACGGACAGUCCCGUACAAGGAACUUAAGGAUGCCAUGGACGACUCUCCCGGGAUUUUCUCCUACCAGUCAUUGAAUUUGGCAUGGCUACCUCGAGCGGAUGGUGUUUUCCUUUCCGACAAUCCGCAGAGGCUAGUUCAAGAAGGAAAGGUCGCUCAGAUCCCCAUUGUUAGCGGUGAUUGUGAAGACGAAGGAACCCUCUUCUCCCUCUCGACCCUUAACGUGACAAAUGAAAGCCAAAUUCGCACAUAUGUGAAGACGGAAUUUCUUCCAACAAUUACGGACACCGAUUUGGAUACCCUGCUGAAGGCAUAUCCACAGGAUCUUACUCAGAGCUCACCUCACGACACGGGAUUUUUGAACGCUUUAAGUCCCCAAUUCAAUCGAUUCUCGGCUUUCCUGGGCGAUGGGUUGUUCCAAGCACCCAGAAGAUUCUUCCUAAGUGCCCGCAGUGGAAAACAGAAAAUGUGGUCGUACUUGUACAGGCGCAGAGCCUUGCCGAUCUUGGGUACUCCUCACGGAGUCGACCUACUGAACAUAUACGGCGGAGGCGAGCUGGCGGUCUUCCUUAUCCGUUUCGCUAAUAACCUGGACCCUAAUGGUUCUGGAUCGACCUCAUGGCCAGAGUAUACUACAGCAUCUCCGUCUCUUUUGACGCUCGUGGAUAACGUCCUUUUCCCGAUACAAAUUACACAAGACACGUAUAGGAAGGAUGCGAUGGAUGCAAUUACGAAGAUCAUACUGGCAAAUCCACUUGGCAUUCCUCCGAACGCAUAG